AACAACUUUUUCCUUAGCGAAAAUGUUGUCCGAGACUUUGUUAAGCAGAUAUUAACAAAAAACCCCGACCAAUCAGAGCGCGCGUAUACCGUUGAAGCAGCUGCGGUAGCGUAUGAGCGUGGCCGCCUAUCGUGUAGCCUACGCUCACCGGCAUACUCGCGCUCCGAUUGGUCGGGGUUUUUUGUUAAUAUCUCCUCAACGAAGCCUCGGACAACAUUUUCGCUAAGGAAAAAGUUAUUUGAAAUCACCUCCUGAACCACCCCUUUCAAGAUGUUACAACAUUCUUGAGACACCCUGUAUAUAUGUCAUAUGUAUAUGAUAAUACAUACAAUUACAAUAUAUUUAAUGAAUAAUUUCUUUCCAAAUGCGUUAUCUAUGGAAAAUAUAGGAAAAUAGGAAUUAUAUUCUUGUAAGCUGUAGGUCAAGAAUAGUAAGGUGAAAUGUUCCUAUCUUAUAAAUAGCUAGAUCUCUAUACUGACUCUACUCAGUAUAACUCAGCACAACUCUUUAUACUGAUAAUAGUUCAUAGAACACAAAGACUGAAUAAUGUAAGGAUAAAAGUGUUCAAGAAAGAUACGACUGCUAACGGAAUGUAUUACAGACUUGUUAAGUUUUUAAGGUCUAUUUAGUAUUAAGGUACUAUGUAUUAUACAAAUUUACAAUUAUACAACUGGUGAAGAUGUAAAAAAACUAUAAAACAAAAAGAGGAGUGCUAUUUGGGCAUCUCUGCCUAUGCACUUAAAUAAAAAAAAACUGAACUAAAACUAAACUGAAGACAAUGACAUAAAUGCGCGCCAUCUAAGAACGCCUGUUUACAACAAGUGAUCGGAAGAAUGACAUUACCUACCUAAUGGACCAAUAGAGCAUCGGUAAAAGUCAAUAUGAUGUCAAAAAUGCUCAACUUUAAAUAUUCAUAACUUUUAAACCGUUGGAUUUCUAACAUUAAAACUUCCUUUUUUUGUUAUCUAGGCCAGAGGUUUCCAAACUUUUUAGUCGAGCGGGUCCCUUAGUAUACAGAUUAUUUUCGGCGACUCCUUUAAUACCAAUCAAUAGGAGACUAAUCUGAAAUAUGUUAGACAGACUACAUUUUGUGACACAAGCUAACUAAAUAUAAGUGUUACUAUUUCAUAAAACUUAACUUUACCAAUAUUUAUUUUUCUUUCUCUUUAUCGACAAUUCAAAUUUUCGGUUCUGUUUUAUAAUUGAAAUUUCUUCCUAGCCGGAUAAAAAUAAAUAAAUGUGUAUCUUCAUUAUUUAUUUAAUUUUUUAACUCUAGUAAUAAUAAAUCAAUCAUCAAUGCAAUGGAUGAAUCACUGCGCAUUUUCUCAAAUCGUGGAAUUAAACUAGAGACUGCCACCCUCAUUUCCUUUUACCACGUUGAUUUUUUAUCUAUACUUAUAUGAGCUGUCUAUUAUGAAAAUGGGGCAAGUCCAUUAUUUUUUACAAUGCAAUUCUUAUGAAGAAAUUUUGUUUUAUGAAAAUUUUAUUGAUUUUGAAAAGAAGGAUCUCCAAAUUGAAUGAAAAUAUAAAGAUAAUACCAAAAUAAAAGUUUAUCCAUCAUUAACUCCAGUUUUUCAUUAUGUGAACUUACCCCUUUUUCAUAAUAAAAAAAAUUCAAUAAUUUUUAGUGCCCAGAAGUAAAGUUUAGCCGAAAUUUGUUGCUUACAUUUUUUCUGUUCCAUUUCAAAUUUUGUUCACCAUAGAAGAGGGAACGACCCCACUCCCCUCUUCCCCCUCCCUAAAUACACUCUUGAUCUAGAUAGCGAUGUCUUUCCAAAUUCCUUAUUUUAUCUUUAUCCACAAAUUGAGAAGAUACUACAUACGGUUUUGAUGAAGUGUUUUUUUUAUAUCUGUUUAUGAUAAAUAAUAUACGAUAAUACUAAUGUUUUAAAUGUAAUAGUAAUUUAUUAAAAGAAACUAAUUACCUAUACUGUGUGUAUAAUUAAGUUGUAUUAUACUUUGUACUUUCUUUUAUGUUUGCGUGACUCAUAAUUCAAAAGUGUAAAAUAAUUUGUAAAAAAAAUCAACAUGUACUAUAUUCCGAGUCAUGGUAUUAGAAUGUACUUCAAAAUGAAUUCAGGAUUUCUAUUAAAAAGAAUGUUACAUACUAAUACGCAACCAUUACUGAAUUCAGUAAAAGAAGUAGAAAUUAAAGUACCAGGGUGGCAGAUUAAAGGAAAAUUAUGGGGACCAGAAGACAAGCAACCUAUAUUAGCUUUACAUGGAUGGCAAGAUAAUGCUGGAUCAUUCGAUGCACUUGCUCCAAUUCUGUCUGAGAAUACUCCGAUAUUGGCUAUUGAUUUACCUGGUCAUGGAUUAUCUAGUUGGCUACCUACAGGAAUGAUGUACAAUAAUAUAAUGUACAUACUACUGAUUAAACGAAUACAAAAUUAUUUUGGAUGGGAUAAAAUAAAAAUAAUGGGACAUUCCUUUGGUGGAUUUUUAAGCUUCUACUACGCAUCUCUUUUGCCAAAGGAUAUGGAAUACGUAAUACUAUUAGAUGUUCCACUUCUUAGUAUGCCAAUAUCUAGGACUAAAUACAAUAAGUACUUCUCUGAAAACAUAUCUAAAUUCAUAGAGAUGGACGAAUUUACAUCUAAACCAAAAUACACAGAAACAGAAAUCAUAACUAGAUUGAUGGCUGGUAUGAAAAACAGUUUAAAUGAAGCUUCAUGCAGAAUGUUAAUGAAACGUGGUGCUACAAAAGAAGAAAAUGGAACAUAUACUUUCAACAGAGAUCCAAGAAUUAAGUAUCUUCCUCUUCUUUCACAAUUUAUCACAGAAGAUAUACAAAUGUCUGCUGAAUGUAUGACAUCUCCGUGUCUCCUGAUCAGUGCAACAAAAUCACAUCUAUAUAACGAAGCCGAUGUAUCCAAAUGCGUGAACCUUAUGAAGGACAAUAAAACUGUUUACUGGGAGAAAGUUGAAGGACUGCACCAUGUUCAUAUGAUGGAUCCAAAAGCUGUAGCUAAUAUUAUUUUUUCAUUUUUGCAAAAAUAUAACAAAUAAAAUAUUAUGUUAAUACAUAAAUCAAUUUAAAUUCAAUGCGUUAAUCUCAUUCGAAACCUUUAUUUUUCCAUCUUCUGAGGCUUUUCGAUAUUCCUAAUUUAACAGGAAUUUAUAUUUAAUUUUACAUGCAAAGCAUCUCGAAUUCUAUUAUCAAUUAUCCACGAAGGACUUUUUCAAAAAUUGCAUGCUUCUUUUUUUUCUCAUAACAUUCCAGUUACAAAUUAUUUCUUUAUUUAUUGCCUCGUGAGUGAAAGUACAAAUGAAUAAAUAAAAAGAAAUACUCUAAAAAGUUCUGCAAGUACUUAUCUGACAAUACUUCUUGAAAAAACUUCUCUGAUUCGCUUGUGUACAAAAUGAGAAGUAAUUGGUCGAAAAAGAAUAUAGUGACGUCAAGAAAAAUCGCGUGAUCGCUCUCGAAGAUACGAAACUCGUCGAUCACGUCGAUUCACAAGGAUGCCAUAAAUCCCCUCCACUUUUCUCCGGCAGGUGCGAUAAACGAAUGAUGCGUAUGCGCAGUGUUUGAAGGCCAUGGUGCCGGCCAGUAAAGUGUCUAAUAUGUUCGCGAAAUUGGCGUCCUUAGCUGCCCCCCUUCCCAAAAAAUUUACGAUAUGCAAUAUUUUUAUAAUAUUAAUACUUGAUUAUGUGAGCCAAUAACCGAUUAGAAAAUCUGUUCGAAAAUAGGAAACAGAUUGUAAACUUCUAGCCAGGAGAUAAUUAGGACCCAUGGAAAAACUAGCCGGUAUUAUAGAUUGUAGUACAGAAAAGAGCCAGUAGGGUGCACGGUUGUACCGGUGUAAUUAAUUGUCGGUACUAUCAGUCGCGGUUGGUCCAGGU